GGCCGCGGGUUGUUAUUGUUGAUAACACGAUGACACGAACUUUCAAGAGACGAGGAUAGCAGUACGUUGCACGACUUGCACGCAAAAGUAAACUCAGGGUGCCAUCCCAUGGCAUAGGUCGAGCGAUUCGAAUUCAGCAAGCCGAAGUCAAAUCGUCGGUAGAUGCUGCAGCUCGUAAGGCGCACUGUGAGAUCGCGAAGCGUCAAGCGGAUCAGCUGGUUUGCAGUCAACAAAUCGUUCGUCGUCCCGCUCGCGGAAAGGAGGUACAGCAGGAUGGUGAAGUUUCUGAAUCAGACGGAGGCUAUCAACAUCGACAAGGACCUGUUCGAGAGGUACAGGUUCAGCGUCGAUCAGCUGAUGGAGCUGGCCGGGCAGAGCUGCGCCGUUGCGAUCGCGAGGUCUUACCCGCUUUCGGCGGACUCCCCGAGCCGGGUGCUGGUGUGCUGCGGGCCCGGCAACAACGGCGGCGACGGCCUGGUCUGCGCGAGGCACCUCAAGCACUUCGGAUACUCGCCGGAGAUCUACUAUCCGAAGAGGCCGAGUAACGGGCUGUACGAGAGGCUGUUGCAUCAAUGCGUCGAGAACGGCAUUCCAGUGCUGGAGAAUCGGCGCAUAGAGGAAGCGGCCGACUCCGCGGUUUUGCGCGAAUACGCGAUCGUGGUGGACGCCCUUCUGGGAUUCAGUUUCAGACCGCCGGUCAGAGAGCCGUUCGUCCGCAUCAUCGACAUGCUGAGAGACACGAGCGUUCCUAUUUGCAGCGUGGACAUACCGUCGGGCUGGGACGUCGAGAGAGGCCCGCCCGCGGACGGUGGCAUAAAGCCGCAAGUGCUGAUAUCUCUAACGGCACCGAAGAUGUGCGCGUCCAAGUUCGACGGGAGGUUUCACUACCUGGGCGGACGAUUCGUGCCUGAGAAGCUGGAGUCGCAGUACGAUCUCAAUCUACCGAAAUACCCCGGCACAGACCUCGUCGUUCAGCUGUGCUGACAGCCUGACACAUAUGCGUAUAUAAAUCCUGAUGCGUUAGAAAAGUGUGCAAAACUGAAUUUUACCUUCUUUUCAAAUGUUACUCCGAAUUUUAUUAGACGCUUGAAAAACGGUACUCGAUUAAAAUACAAUUUCUACAAGUCUCAAACGAUCGUACGCAAUUCACAUCUCUCGUUUCAAGUUCCCAAUUAUUUAUAAAGAUAUUUAAAUUAUACAUAAUUAAUAUUAUGUAUAUUAAUAUAUUUGUUUAUAUACAUCUGUUACAAUUUAUAUUUGAUUGUUCUUAAAUAUAAUCAACGUUUCCUACCAUCAACCUUUCCGUAUUUUGUUGUACGAAUUCAAUGUAAACAAUCGUAUAGGAUCUAUUCAUAAUAAAUGCGAAUUUUUAUAGACAGUUAUUUUAGGUUUACGUUGAAUAUCUUGGCAUCGAAACAUUACUAAUUCGGUAAAACAACAAAAUAGCGAUCGCGUCAACGGAGACGUGAGCCACGUGGUUGAGGUUAAUAAUCUGUCUUACCGAUCAAACAUUAUCACGCAGCAGGUGGUGACCUCAUUCUUGAAGCUUGAAGCUCCACGAAAAACAUGGAGGAAGGGAGAUAGACGGUGAGGCCUGCAUUGCCGAGUUCUUAUCUUCUAUGUGUAGAGAAAAUCGUUGUACAUUUGAUAUAUUUAUGAAAUAUAUGCCUUAAUAACGCGUAAUUGCACAUGCAAAAGAGUGGCAGUUUUUUUU